GAAAGACCAACCCUAUAUCUAGACUUUGCUCGGAAUUGCAGACAGAAACCCACUCUUUUUGGUUCCCUCCGUUUUCGUCGAUCUCUGUUCACUAGAUGGAUCAGUAUGAAAAGGUUGAGAAGAUUGGCGAGGGAACAUAUGGAGUGGUGUACAAGGCUCGUGAUCGUAUGACUAAUGAAACUAUUGCUUUGAAGAAAAUUCGAUUAGAGCAGGAAGAUGAGGGGGUACCAAGCACAGCUAUCAGAGAAAUAUCUCUGUUGAAGGAGAUGCAGCAUGGAAAUAUUGUAAGGUUACAGGAUGUUGUGCACAGCGAGAAGCGGUUGUAUCUUGUAUUUGAAUAUCUGGACUUGGACUUGAAGAAACACAUGGAUUCUUGUCCAGAAUUCUCUAAAAAUCCUCGCUUGGUUAAAAUGUUUCUCUAUCAAAUACUACGCGGCAUUGCCUAUUGCCAUUCUCAUCGUGUCCUCCACCGAGAUUUGAAGCCUCAAAACUUGCUGAUAGAUCGCCGUACCAAUGCAUUAAAGCUUGCAGACUUUGGAUUGGCCAGAGCAUUUGGCAUUCCUGUCAGGACCUUCACACACGAGGUUGUCACACUAUGGUACAGGGCUCCGGAAAUUCUUCUAGGAUCACGCCACUAUUCUACUCCUGUUGACAUAUGGUCAGUAGGUUGUAUAUUUGCCGAAAUGGUCAACCAGAAACCUCUGUUUCCUGGUGACUCUGAGAUUGACGAGCUCUUCAAAAUAUUUAGAGUCAUGGGCACUCCGAAUGAAGAUACAUGGCCUGGAGUGACGUCUCUUCCAGAUUUUAAGUCAACAUUUCCCAAGUGGCCUGCCAAGGACCUGGCAACUGUUGUUCCGAAUCUCGAUGGAGCUGGACUUAACCUCCUUGGUAAAAUGCUAUGCUUUGAUCCCAGCAAAAGAAUCACUGCGAGGAGCGCUCUGGAGCACGAGUACUUUAAGGAUAUCGGGUUUGUCCCGUGAUUGACUCCGCGAUAAAACCUGGUGCAAAUGUAUAUUGUGAUUGAUGCUGUAGUAUCAGGUUAGAUUUUGCGUGUGAGCGCCGCUUAUAUAAUAUCACUGCUGCAUCGUGUUUUAAAUUCUUCGGCUUCUUCUUCUUCUUUGUUUGUUUGUUGUUGUUUUUUUAGACGUGUGGUGUCUGCCUUAUUCAUUUUGGCUUGCAUUUGCAAAAGUGGGGAUAUGUUGUUUCAUUGGUUGUGCCUUUUGCCUUCUUUUUACGACUGGUUUGUGUGAUUGUUUUACUUUUGUGGUAAGAAGAUGAUAAUGGUGA